CAAAUAUGAAAUAGUAUCCUAAUAUGGAAUACCUUCAUUUCUCUAAGACUAUAAGUAUGAAACGCAACAUUCGACCAUCUUCUGUUCCAUUCGGUCUACUAACUAUCGCACUCACACCAUCGAGUCAGUUGCGCGAAUACUUCACGUGUGGCAGGCGUGUUUUGUUUUGUUGUCGUGCGGAAAAUUUUAAAGAAUGUCCGGUUCACAAUCAACCAAACGAAAAACCUGGGAUGAAGAAAAAAUGGCACAAGCUAUAAAAUUCGUCCGGGAAAAGAAAAUGGGGUAUUUGAAAGCGGCACAGCAUUUUCAAGUGCCUAGGACAACUUUAUUUCGUCUCUGCCAAAAAGAUGAACAGUCUCCAGAAGUGGCAGCAGCUACUACAUUAGGACGAAAAACUAUCUUGGGCUCCGAACUUGAACAUCAGUUAGUAGAAUACAUACUAAUAAUGGAGAGUAAGUUUCACGGUUUAACAAGAACUGAUCUUCGCCGUAUGGCGUUCAUGCUAGCAAAGCGAAACAAUUUGCAGAAUCCCUUCGGUGAAUCAGGUAUGGCUGGAAAAAAGUGGUUAAAGUUAUUUUUAAAUCGUCAUAAAGAUAAACUUUCGAUAAGAAGACCAACUGGUACAUCAUUUGCCAGAGCAUUUGGAUUUGAUAAGGAAAAAGUGGAAGCCUUUUUCAACCUCCUUGAAGAGCUUUACGCUAAGAAUAACUAUCCACCAAAUCGUAUUUACAACGUGGAUGAAUCAGGCCUCACAAUAGUACAAAGUAAGAUACCACAAAUCAUCGGCCACAAAGGUAAACGCCAGGUAGCUGCACUGACUUCAGCAGAAAGAGGAUCUCUGAUGACAAUAGUUGUUUGCAUGAAUGCUACUGGUCAUUUUGUGCCACCGUUCAUUAUUUUUCCCAGAAAAAAUAUGAGUGCUCAGCUAAUGAGAGGCUGUCCUCCAGGAUCAGUCGGAGUUGCACACCCAUCAGGGUGGAUACAAAUGAACAUCUUUACAGACUGGUUCAAGCACUUUAUUCAACACACCAACCCGACUCCUGAAUCGAGGGUUUUACUGAUACUAGACGGACACUAUAGUCAUACUCACAAUAUCGAUAUAAUAGAUAUUGCUAGGGAAAAUAACGUGGACAUAGUUUCGUUACCUCCUCAUACGACUCAUAAAUUGCAGCCAUUAGAUAAAACUUUCAUGGGGCCUUUAAAAACAUACUAUAGUGAGGAAAUACGCAUGUGGAUUAGAGACAACAACAGACCUCUAAGUCCAUAUGAUAUUGUGGAGCUGUUUGGCAAAUCCUAUUUGAAAGUACAAACAGGCGAAAUCGCAGCCAACGGGUUCAAAGUUACUGGAUUGUGGCCUUUAAAUAAAAAUGUCUUCAGUGAUGUGGACUUUAUUGCUGCGCAACAAAAUGCUUUAAUAGACGGUUGUACAACCAAUAUCCCUCCGCUGGAAUCAAGAUCUGAAACUGGUCAAGUUCUGGUAGAAAUACCUGCACCACAAACAACUGCUAAUUUACAACCUGAACCUAGACAAGAAAAAGAAAAUAAACUAGUCAAGACAAAGAAUAAGAAGAAAACUGCGAAGAGAAACAAACAAACGAAGAAAAAUAAGGAUGAUAGUGAAGAAGAAGACUCUGAGGAACUAGACGUUAUCCAGUUUGAUGAAGGUAGUGAACAUGAUGAGUUGAUGGACCAAGUACCUCCUGACUCUGCUGAUGCAGAAUAUUAUUGA